CUUUAAUAAAGGCUUGUGGCAGCGAGUGUAUAGAGAGGCUUUGCAUGCUUUUGUGUUAUGGUGCUGAUGCAACUCUAGCCACAACAACGCCACGCUGUGCAUCGUUGAGUUUCGCAUCGUUGGAAGUACAAGAAAUUUUGUUAGACUAUAUCUUUGAUGACUACAAAGCUCCUGUACGUCUUCCGAUUUUGAUAGAAGCUGUAGUUUUUGAUGAUCCUUGUGUCGACAUCUUAUUUGAAAAGGUUUCAGAAGUUUUGUAUACGGACCGAGAGCUUAGAGAAUUACUCCCUUAUAUUCUUCCCAUGAACCCUCACUACUUGAAAUUGUUUAUGGAACUAUUUGAAGAUGCUUUAAGGGAUAUAAUUUUGGGUCGCGAUUUACUUGUUGCAUUUCGUUCGUGUUUGGAAGAUUCAAUUACUUCGGCGCAGGAAACUUCUCGAGCAAUUGAGAAUAUGAAUUUUCUGGUUACACAAAUUUAGAAUCGGCAGUUUUUUUCAAAUGUUGGGUACCUUGAACGACAGUCAGAUGCAAAAAGUAAUGAGCAUAAUAUCACAGCUCUUGACGCAAGGUGUCCGGAUUGACCAUUUUGAUGCGGGGAUUGUCUAUAUGAAGUUUGGUUUUUGUUCAUUGUUUAAACAGAUGAUCCUAAUGGACAUUAGGCAGACAUCUGUGCCUCCAAGGCGCAAACUCCUGAUGUCGCAGCUUAUAUAUGAUGUUCAAUUAACGAUAGAAAAAUUUUUUUUGAACAGCGACCAAUACGUUUCUGAUUCUUUGGAUAUUGUGCUGGAACACUUCUGCCAUCAUCGACUGAACGAAUUUCUUUUGCGUAUGAACGAUAAGUUCAAAAGGAAGGCGAAAGAAUUACCUGAAGUGCCUCUGUUGAUUGAGUUAGCCAGAAAUCAAGCCCGAAAGCACCUGGUGGACUUUUAUAAUAUCAAAAAUUAUGGACAGUUGAAGUUCGUUUUGGAAAUGUUGCAACUACCUGAAAUGCUGAACAAACUUCUCACAUACGAAAAGAAUGUCAUGUUGUGGAGAUUUUUUUCUAAUAAACUUUUAUAGUAUUAAAAAUUACAGACAGUUGAAGUACGUUUUGGAAAUGUUGCCGAUACCUGAAAACUCAAGAAAAUUGUCAGUACCCGAACAGACUCCGCCAUGUAUCAUUUCGAUAACGAAGCACGCAAAAACUUUUACGCAUCCUUUGAACAAACUGAAGAAACGGUAGCUGAGCAAAUAAAAACCAUCAAGAUAUGGCUCGAAACCCAAACCCAUCUGCCCGAAAUAAUGGACGACGCAAAAAUCCGAAACAUGCUGCAUUUGUGUAAAUUCAACGCAGAGAAGGUGAAGGAGCGAGUUGAAAACUAUUACACCUUCAGGACAAAGUACCCCAAUAUUUCUAAUAGUAGCAACCCCAAAUCGCAAUCUUUGAAGGAAACAAUGGAGACGGUACACAUGUGCAACCACCCCCAGCUUGUGGAUAGUAGCCACAGGGCUGUAUUUGUAAGCCCUAAGAAGAAAAAUGUACUCAGUUGCCUUAAUAUAAUAAAGUUAUAUUUUUGUAUUUACGAGAUCAGGUUGCAAGAGGACUUGAUGAUCGACGAUAUUAUUAUUGUUGACAUGACCAACAUCACUUUCAGAGAUAUGUGUACAUUAUCUCCCAGAAUGGUGCUAGCAGGUGUCAAAAUCUACAAAAACACUUUCUCGAUGAGGCUAAGAGCGAUGUAUUUUAUUAACAGUCCUUCGUACGUGUCAAUCUGGAUGCCAAUUUUUAAAUUAUUUUUCCCGGCCAAAAUUUUUGACAGGUUGCAAGUUCACAGGGACAGCGAAAUUUUAAAAGACCUAUUUUCUCCCAAUGAUCUACCCAAGGAUUAUGGCGGAAGCGGACCGUCGUUGGAUCAACUCAACGAUAUGAUGCAGCAAAAAUUCAUCGAGUAUGAGGAGAGGUUCGAUCUUUUGGAUACACUAAAGGUUGAAGAAAGUUUAAAAGCGUGAAAAAUAGGUCAAGAUAUUGUGGUGUCCCGGUUCAAGCUAAAUUUAGUGUCAUUUUUUUUGUAAUGUAGAUUUGCUUUGUCUCUUGAAGAGCGGGGGGAGCUUUCGCGUCCGCUGUUGAUUCAGUUCAGAUCAUAGAAAACCCUACUAGUGAGGGUAUUCUAUGGUUCAGAUGGAUUCAAGCAGUGGUGGUGUGCGGAUGUAAGUCCACUGUGUCGAAGUUACAUGUCUUUGAGAUUUGUACGUUUCAUUUUAUUUGUAAAAUUUAACCGAAGGCACUAGAUUAAAGAGACACAAUCAUUACUCCCAUUAUUCAAGCGGCCUCCGCCAUGUAC